AUGGGCGUCAAGCUGCGCUCGGGCUUCUACUUGGGCAAGAAGUCCUCCGGGCUGCUAGCACUGCUGCUGGCCACCUUACUCCUGGCGCUGCUCGUGCUGGGGAUCCUCUACGGCCGCUGCGCGCAUGGGCUGCAGGACGCCCGGCUGCGGCAGAACGCCGAGGCGCGCCCUCCGCCGCCCUGCGCUAGCGGCAGCCCUAAUGCCAGCGCCGCGCCGCCCGCGCGGCCGCCGGGGCCAUGGGACGAGUGGCGCCUGCCCGCGCACCUGGCGCCCGCGCACUACUCGCUGCUGCUGUGGCCCCACCUGGCGCCCGGCCUGCCCGAGCCGCGCACGCACUCGGGCCGCGUGAACAUCACGGUGCGCUGCCGCCAGGCCACGGCCACGGUGCUGCUGCACAGCGCCGACCUCACCUACCGGAGCGCCGCCGUCUGGGGCCCGGGCGCCAACGGCAGCCGCCGCAGCGUCCCCGUGGCCGAGCUGUGGCCAGCGCCCCAGAACGAGUACGUGGUGCUGGAGCUGCGCGAGAACCUGAGCGCGGGCGCCCUCUACGAGGUGCAGCUCGCCUUCCAGGGCACGAUCCUCGGCCCGCACGAGUAUGACGGGCUCUUCCUCAACACGUACGAGGACGAAGGAGAGAGCAGGUGGCUGAUUGCAUCACAACUACAACCAACAGCUGCGAGGCAUGUCUAUCCAUGCUUUGAUGAGCCUGCACUGAAAGCGACUUUUAACAUCAGUAUUGUACACCAUCCGAGCUAUGUAGCUCUUUCCAACAUGGCAGAAAUAGAUGUAUCUGAGUAUCAGGAUGUGAACGAGAGCACAGCGAGUGGAUGGAUAAACGAGACUGCAGACAUAAACCUGACCACAGGCAUAAACUGGACUGUCACAACAUAUGAAACAAGUCCAAAAAUGUCCACUUAUAUAACUGCUUUUGUGGUCUGUAACUUUGAUCAUGUCACCCGAACAGAGAGGGGCAAAAAGAUACGCAUUUGGGCUAUGAAGGAUGCAGUUCGAGAAGGAUUGGCUGACUAUGCUUUAAAUAUCACUGGACCCAUAUUUUCAUUUAUGGAAGACUUGCUUAACAUCAGUUACCCUCUUUCAAAAACAGAUCUAAUUGCAAUACCUGACACAGGAGCUGCUGCUAUGGAAAACUGGGGACUAAUAACUUUUUGGGAAGCUUCAUUAUUGUUUCGCCCAGAAGAAAAAUUCACCAGCCAAAAAACAAGUAUUCGUCAUAUUGUUUCCCAUGAGAUAGUACAUCAGUGGUUUGGAAACCUAGUUACCAUGGCCUGGUGGAACGACUUAUGGCUCAAUGAGGGAUUUGCAGUUUAUCUAGAGUAUCUAGCUGCAGACUACAUUGACCCCUCAGUGUCCCUGGACCAAAUCUUUACCUCUGAAGUUACGUUAAUAACAUUGCUGAUAGAUAGUGGAAUGGAACAACAGACUUUAUCAGAUACAGAUGCAGAUCGUGAUACAACAACAAUACAAGAACUCUUUGGUCAAGUAACAUAUAAGAAGGGGGCUGCCAUCAUCAGGAUGUUUUCCAGCUUUUUGACAGAAAGACUGUUUUUAAAAGCAUUAAAUUCCUACUUGAGUGCAUUUGCCUUUUCAAAUGCUUUCCAGGAUGACCUAUGGAAUCACAUUCAAAAGACAGUAGAUGAACAGAAUGACCUCCAAUUGCCAGCAUCAGUAAAAGUUAUAAUGGACUCUUGGACCUGCCAAAAUGGCUUCCCUCUCCUAACAGUAAAUUUCUCCUCCGGGAACAUCAGUCAGGACAUAUUUUUCAUGGAUGAAGGAAAAAAAAGUACAAAUAAGACGUGGAUUAUUCCUAUUUCUUGGAUAAAAAAUGGAACUAUUCAGCCUUUAGUGUGGCUUGAUAAGAGCAGCAAAAUAUUUCCAGAAAUGAAACUAUCAGAACAUGAUUGGAUUGUUUUAAAUGUGAACAUGACUGGUUACUAUAGAGUUAAUUAUGAUGAAAUGUACUGGAGAAGAUUGGCCAGAAUGCUUGACAGUGACCCAAAGGUGAUUCCUGUUGUCAACAGGUUACAGUUGAUUAGUGAUGCUUUUGAGCUGAGAAGGUAUAAUUACACUAAGUAUGGUGUGCCACUGUGUUUAACUAAGUACCUUGAAAAAGAAGACAAUAUUUUUGUAUGGAAAGCAGCACUGCAAAAUCUAGAAGUUGACAACUGGGAGCUUAUUCUGAGUGAUUAUGAAUUAUAUCCAGUUUUGAAGGGAUAUUUCUUACCACGAAUUUCACGAGUGUUCCACCAUUACGAAUAUCUCAUUCGUCAGAGUUUUGAUGUGUGGACACUUAGCAGUUCUGUGAGCGCUGGCAUAGAAACAAUCUUUAACAUAGCAUGUAGCUUUGGACUCCGUGACUGUUUAAACCUUGCUUCUGAUAUCUUCACCAAGUGGAUGAACAAUCCAAGUCCUGACUUUCCUGUUUGUCUUAGCAAAACCAUUUGUUGCUAUGGCAUUCAAACUGGUAGUGAAAAAGAGUGGGAUUUCACAUGGAAAAUGUACAAGCAGAAUGAUACUAAUCAGGGAAUGAAAUACAACUUGUUCUCUUCUCUAAGCUGUACCCAUGAGCCAUGGUUACUUCAAAGAUUCUUGCACUAUGUCCUUAAUGAUUCUGAAAUCUCAUCUUUCCUGAUAAAACAUGUAAUUAAGAAUGUAGCAAGAAAUAAGGUUGGACACCAGAUAGCACUGAAAUUUGUAACAGACAAUUGGUCACAUCUGUAUAAUAGGAGUGAAUUUAAUGCAUUACAUGGUGUCAUGUCGUCGGACAUUACAAGCUCAGAAGUUCAAAUGUUACAGGUUUUUCUUAAUAAUACACUUGAACCAGAAAAAAGUAUUAUGGCUACUAAGAUGAUGCUGUCAGAUAAAAAUGAAACAGAAGAACGCAAACAAUCAUUAACUAACAUGAUCAAGUGGCUAAAGAAAAAUAUGGAUUGCUGAUACUUAAGAACUGUUCCAUACGUCCCUCCUUUUUUAUUUUUUGGUAGUGGGUUGGUGACACUCAAGGAUUUCAUGUGAUUCUCAGCCUAAUCUCAAGCACUGUGUGUGUACAGACAACGUAGACCACUGGCAGGAGUGAUCUGUUUCUUUCCAGGCGUGCCUCUGAGGGGGAAUGAAGAGGGAGAGGAAGAAUUGGGGGAGAUGGAAGAAAGAGAAUGGUUUUGGUUCUGCCCAUCGCAGUAGCUUACCCACAACUGGAUGCUACCUUCUUCAGAAAAACGGUUGCCUUCCCCUGUUAUAUAUUAAUAGCAAACUCAUUUUCUCAUUGUGGAGCCUUAGGUAGCCAAAAUGGGAAUCAUCCAUGUCCAAGAGAGAGAGAUUAACUUUCCAGAGAAAGUAAGGCGGACACUGAUUGCUUUAGCUUGUUAUCCACUAUAACAAGUUAAAGCAACUUUGCAAUUCUGUAUUUAAAAUGGCUUGUUUUACCUAGUUUCCUCUGGGGAGUUACGUGUGUGCUGUUGAAAGGUGAUCUAGGAUCUUCACCAGAGCAUUAGACUAUAUUGAACAUACAUUGAAAUGUAUUACUGAAUGUUAUUGCAUGCCUAAUGCUGAAUUCUCAUAUUGUUAAAUGAGAUGUGGGUGGAAAUUCAUAUGAAACCACUCUCUCCCUUUUCCAGAUUACAUAUAACCAUUUUUCCUUUCUUGAGUUUGCAACAUGUUAAUUUUGAUUGAAAUUGUGAGUUCAUAAAAGUAUACAAAUUUUUUUAAAUAAGAAGAUAUAAAAUUUAAAAUGCCUAUGAUACUAAUUCUCUGUGUGCUGUUUCUCUGUCAUGGUGUUGUACCUUUUUACUAAAUACGUUUAUGCAACCCUUUUGUUGAACAUUAUGAAUUUAGGUUAGCCUAUAGAGUAGCUGUGCUUCAAAGAAAUUUUUUUUUUUUUACAAAUGUAUAUCCUGACUACAUUUCACAUGAGUACAGCAUAAGCUCAUUGGUAGUGCCAGUUCUGAAGAGAACUUUCCUUUUCUGCAUUUGUGCUCCCACUGAAAUCACCAAAGGAAAGGUUUGUAAAUUUCAGAUAUUUAACAGCUUUUGUGCACCCCCACACCCCAUACUGGUUCCAUUUUGGAUGUUACCGUAGAAGUGCAAAAUGUGGAAAUGUAAAAAUAAUUGGUGCAUGCAAAGGCCUCAGAACACAGAAAGACACUAAUGUAUUGCAGAAUGUCUUGGAAGCUGGGAUUUUGGGAUUUUGUUCGUAAUUCUAUUCUACUGCAUGACUAUGUUUUGUGAAAAAGGGAGCAGCAUUUCUGUUUGCAGGUUUCUAGACUAUUAUGUUACUUUACUAUCAAUUGAAUUUGUGCUGCAGGAAACUCCAACAGAAUUCAGGUUGCUUACUGGAAUAAAGUUAUCCAAUUACAUA